AUGUCUGCCAGUGCGGCCUCCCUGCUGGAGAGACUGGAGCGCAGCGUCACCAACUACCUGCACAUCCUCACACACCUGGAGCUCACCGGUGAAGACGAUAGUUCGGUCGCAGCUUGCCCCGGCCACCCAACCCAGAACCUGGGCCACGUGCUCUGGAGCUUCAGCCGGCUGCUGACCGGCAAGCUGGAGUGGCUCGCGGCAGAGCUGAGCGCCGGGUGUCAGGCGGAGAAGAAGACCUCCAACCUCUGACCUUCGACCUUCGACCUUCGACCUUGUAGGUGGAUUGCUGGGAAGCCGUGUUUCCGGCGGGGGCCUCCUGGUAUUACUGUCGGGCAACUCAAGCUGCUGAGAGUCUUGGACUGAUAUGCCGCCUCUGGCUUCGUCGCCGCAACCUGCCUUUUUAAAUGGGGGAAACGGCGCCCUCUGCUGGUCAUGAGUCAGAUGGACAGCAAAUCACUGCACCUUUUGGCAAUUCAUGGAGAACAGCUAUGAUGUGAGAGAUUUAGCCUUAAAUAUGAACCAAAAAAAGGGACUUGCUGGCCUAAAACUCAUAUUUAUGCACAUGUUAAUAGUUCAGAUUAUUUUUUGAGCUUCAUUGAAAAAUGUAUGUGACCACAAUCGUGGUAAAAAGUGGUGAAAAAAAAAAAACUCAAAAAAGUCAGAAGACAAUUUGAAAAAAGAGGCUGAUCUCUUGUAAUGCACUGAAAUAAGGACAGUCCUGGAGGGCUGUCUGAGAUGGUGGUGACUGUGGACUCUUUGCUAAUUUAUUUUAUAUUUUUUCGUUGGGGGGGGCGCUGGAUAGAAUUUCUAUAGGCCAAUCAGAACAGAUGGGAUGAGGGACGUUCAGCCUAUCAACAGCUUUUUUUUUAAACCCUUUAAUGUAUAAGUUCACAAAUACAUGAUUAGAAUGCUCUUUACUGAAUAUUCUAAUGCUGAUGUAAUGCAAUGGGAGUUCUAGAACCUGACAUAGAAUUUUGAAGAAGAAAAAAAAAAGAAAACAUCCCAAAAAUAGCCCUGCUCUUCAAAGGGUUCAAAUCCAGCCUCAGGAGGUAAAGUCCCAACAACUUCCUUGACAGAAGGUUCCCUGUAUUUCGAAUGCUCUUGGAGGAAACAUGUAUGUUCACUCCCGACUGAACAAUCAACAGCUAAACAGAUAAAACUAAUCGACAACAUGAUGUGAUGGUGCACUGGGGAUAGAUGGGCGGUUCACGGUUUUUAGGAAGGGGGGUAAGGAAUUUUAGGAAGAAGUCUUAAUUGAGACGGAUUACCUGGAAUUGUCUGUCUGCAAUGCAAGCAGAACUGGAAGAGAACAGGAAUUAAUGUAGCAUGUGUUCGACAUGGUAUGUCUGUAUUUUUACUGUAUAUUGAAUCCUCUAUUGUAAUUGUUUUAUACUCUCAUUUUGAAAAAAGUUUAUACUGAGGUAUAAAAAUAUUCUUUUAUAAAAGUUACACUGCUGACAAUAUAUGAAUGGCAUUAUUGUCCAUACAAUUGUAACUAUAUUGGUAUUUAUUGCACAUUAUAUGUUGAAGCAUUUAAAAUGUUAAUAUAGAAUUGUUAAGGCCUAAAUAGGUAUAUUUUCACUUAGAUGGUACAUGUUUGACAUCUGCUUUAUAGUUAGGCCAUCAGCUGAACUUUAUACUGUUUUAUAACAAUGUGCUUUAUUGGAAAUGUACUACUGAAAGCAUCUACAGCGUGUUCAUGUUAAAAAAAUUGAGAGGGAAACCUUGGACAACGAAUCUUUGGAUCAUUUCCGGAAAAACAAACGAAUGUUGCAUUCACACAGAUUUCUUUAUUCAAAGACAAUAAAAUGCAUUCAAGUGUAAUGCGUUUUCUCUUCGCGGUGCCUUGACAUGUAGGAGUUGAUAAUUUACCGGAGAUCCAGCCUCAGUUGUCAGGUUUUCGUUAUGGGAUUAAUUAUGAAUUGAUAUUCAUGUUUUCAUGUUAUUAAUGAAUCGAUAUUUUCCCUGCGAAACAAUAACAUUUG